UGCGUCUUCGUGGCAAAUUUUAUGGAGCCGGACAAGCGGCCUUGUGCUGCAUUCUUGCAAUAUGUUAUCAGUCAGUCAGUCAGUCAGUCAGUAAGUCAACGACUCGCAGCGAUUCCUUUGCGUCACGAGUCACAAUCGAAGAAGUGGCAAAGAGGUUUUCUGCUUUUGCUUGGAGAACUAUCAAGAUGAAACAAACGACGCUAAAAUGUGAGGUCUGUCCUUAGAGUAAAUUCAAUACAUAUGGAAUUCGAUGAUGUCAUAGAAAAGGUUGGAGGUUAGGACCAUAUUAAAUUCAAUUCAAAUGGAAUUCGAUGAUGUCUUAAAAGAGGUUGGAAGUUACGGACCAUAUCAAAAACAUUUGUUGUUUUUUGUACUUGUUCCUUCAUUAUGCCUGAUUCCUUGGUUUGCAAUGGAUAUAUAUUUUAUGUUAUCUACUCCUGAUCACUGGUGUCUCGUAUCUGACGUUGCUUCGUCUAAUUUAAGCCUGCAUCAACAAAAAGCUCUUAUCAGACCACAAAACAAUCCGUCAUGUGCUAUGCACGACAUAAAUUACACGGAAUAUCUAAAUUCUCAGAGUCUCACGAUUGUCAACAAUUCACAAUCUCGACCUUGCUCAAACGGCUGGCAGUAUGAUACAUAUUAUUACGACUACACCGCAACUAGUCAGUGGAAUCUAGUUUGCAGUGACAAUCAUUAUGUUAGCUUAAUUUUCAUGCUUCAGAUUGUUGGUAGCCUUGUUGGAAAUCCCAUAUGUGGAUAUAUCUCAGACAGAUUCGGACGAAAGAUAACUUAUACAGGCUUUGUUUGCUUGGCAGCGGUCACUGAAAUUUCGUCAAUACUUGUGAAAGAUUUUAUGGCUUUUGCAGCUCUCAGAGGUAUAAAUGGAUGUAUCUUUCCAGCCAUGUUUAUGCUACCUUUGAUUACACUUUUAGAGAUUGUGUCCCCAGAGAAACGUGUUUUCAUCAAUGGCGUACAGACUUGCUGUUGGACAUUUGGAAUGUGCCUUAUACCUGCCGUGGCUUACUUAUCAAGAAAUUGGGUGAACUUAAGUCUCGUCGUUUCCUCAACGGUACCUUUUCUUUUGUUUUGUUGGAGAUUUAUUCCUGAGUCUCCUCGUUGGUUGGUAUCUCGAGGAAAGUGCCACGAAGCAGUCAUUGUCAUGAACGAAAUAGCGGAAAGGAAUGGGAAAAGAGUCGAUCCCAAUGAACUUCUUGCAAAAUUUCAGGUCUUAGAUAAAAUGCGCAAAGAAGAGAAGCUCGUAGGUCUGAAAAAUUCAGCCGCUGAUAUAUUAACAGUGCCUUGUUUGAGGAAGUUGUUAAUCUUCACGAUAAGUUGUUGGGCGGCAAACUACAUGAUGUAUUAUGGUCUCCAGAUGAAUGUUUAUAAUUUAAGCGGAAAUGAAUUUAUAAACUUUUUUCUAUUAUCUCUGAUGGAAACACCAGGCAACUUGCUUAGUUGGUUUAUUAUGGAACGUUAUGGAAGGAGAUUCACUAAUACCGCUGGUUUCAUGCUUGCAGCUCUUGUCUGUUUCUCGUGUAUGAUAGAAUAUCCUUACAGCGAUGUGGUCAUUUCUGUGAUUGGCAAGUUUAUUGCAGCUGGUACGUAUAUGACAUCUUAUCAAAGAAGUUCAGAACUUUGGCCAACUGUUGUCAGGGGUUUUGGAAUGAGUGCAAGUAUUACAAUAGCUACAACACUUUCUCUUGUUUCACCUUAUCUAGUAUAUUUUGUAA